ACGGCGCAUAUUGGAAGUGGCCGUAAAUUGGUAACCCUAAACCUACGCCUCUCGAUGAAACACCUAAUCACACCAUAUAUAUGACAUCACCCAAACCCAACAUAUCAAGCGCACGAUACACCAAAGCUUUCAUAGAGAGAGAAAGUUUUAGAGGUAGACGAACCUUCCCGUUCUCUUCAUCGUACAUCUAAUCUAGGGUUUUGUUCAUCGAUCAUCAUCAUCAUCAUCGUCUCCAUCUAAAAUUCCCCCAAAUGGAUGUAAAAAUCCAAAUCUAAAAUUCGCCUGACGCACAGAUCGGUUCAUCACCGCCUCCGUUACAGAUCUAAAAAAUCUUGCCCUAAUUUUUCCUUUUUUUUUCAAACAACGGAUCAAGAUCAGUUAUAAUUUGUGUUGUUUUUGUGCAUAAAUUGAGACGCAUAAGAUGAAUUCAAUCAAUCGAACGGAUAAACUUGAUGAUUGAUUACUGAUCUGUAUGUAUAUGACUCUGUACACUGAAAAACAAGAACAAAUCGAAGAAGACGAAGGGGAAAAGAGAGAGAGAAAUUAUCUCUGAGGAUUCUGAUAAUUUUUCUUUUUCCUUUUUCUUUUAUUUUAUUAAAGAAAAUUGAUUUUGAAGGAAAAACAGAAUGUAUAAAUCGGUGGUGGCUGUUUAUGAUGGUGAAAAAGUCAUCGGUGAUGUUGAGGUUUAUUUUAAUCCUCAUCUGAUGAAUCUGAAUAUGAGAGAGAAACUCAAGGACAAAAUCAGGAUUUCGUACUAUUCGACACCGAGUGAGAGGUGCUCGCCACUUGCUGUUCUUCACACAAUUACUUCACCAACAACUGGGGUUUGCUUGAAAAUGGAGUGCAGCAAAACCAUCAACUCGAACUCGCAGCUCAACCUGUUGCACUCUACAUGUCUCAGGGAGAACAAGACUGCUGUUGUCCCACUUGGUGGAGAGGAGCUCCAUUUAGUAGCCAUGCGUUCUAGAAGAAAUGACAUGUUUCCAUGCUUUUGGGGGUUUAGUGUUGCACCAGGUCUUUAUGAGUCAUGCCUUGUGAUGCUAAAUCUUAGAUGUCUUGGCAUUGUAUUUGAUCUUGAUGAGACACUGAUUGUGGCCAAUACAUUGCGAUCAUUUGAGGAUAGAAUUGAAGCCCUACAACGAAAAGUAAGCUGUGAAGCUGAUCCGCAACGUGUUGCUGGUAUGAUUGGAGAGAUUAAACGCUAUCAAGAUGACAGAAACAUUUUGAAACAAUAUGCAGAUAGUGAUCAAGUUGUUGACAAUGGCAAGCUACUUAAGGCACAGUCUGAGGUUGUCCCACCAUUGUCAGACAAUCAUCAACCUCUUGUCAGACCACUUAUACGAUUACAAGACAAGAACAUCAUCCUCACCCGUAUCAAUCCACUGAUUCGUGAUACAAGUGUUCUUGUGAGACUGAGACCUGCAUGGGAGGAUCUUAGAAGCUACUUGAUUGCAAGAGGACGAAAACGUUUUGAGGUUUAUGUUUGUACAAUGGCUGAAAGAGAUUAUGCUUUGGAAAUGUGGAGGCUUCUUGAUCCAGAUUCAAAUCUAAUAACCACAAAAGAGUUAUUGAACCGCAUUGUUUGUGUGAAAUCUGGGUUGAAGAAAUCACUCUUUAAUGUUUUCCAAGAUGGAAACUGUCAUCCCAAGAUGUCCUUAGUUAUUGAUGAUCGUUUAAAAGUGUGGGAUGAGAAAGAUCAACCUCGUGUUCAUGUUGUUCCUGCUUUUGCUCCAUAUUAUGCUCCUCAAGCUGAAGCAAACAGUCCUGUUCCUAUCCUUUGUGUUGCACGAAACGUUGCUUGUAAUGUCAGAGGUGGUUUUUUCAAAGACUUUGAUGAUGGUCUUCUUCAACGAAUCAAUGAAGUCGCACAUGAAGAUGAAAUUAAAGACAUUCUUCCUCCAGAUGUGAGCAACUAUUUGAUUUCUGAGGAUGAUGCUUCUGCUUUAAAUGGGAGUAAAGAGCCACUUGGUUUUGAUGGAAUGGCAGAUGUUGAAGUAGAAAGAAGGCUAAAGGAAGCUAUGGCUUCUUCAACCAUCCCUACAGUGAUACCUCCCACUCUUGAUCCAGUUAUUAAGACAACCUUUCAGUACAACACUCCACCUACAUCUAUACCAAUUAUCCCACCAGCAAUCCCAGGACCAAUUGUUCAAUAUCCCAAUAAGUCAACCCCUGUUCUUGAACCAUUUACUCAAGUCAAUCUUGCAGAAACAAGCUUGCAUGGUUCACCUGCAAGGGAAGAAGGUGAGGUGCCUGAAUCUGAACUAGAUCCUGAUACAAGAAGAAGACUUCUCAUUUUGCAACAUGGUAUGGACAUGAGAGAUCAAACCACGAGUGAACCUCAGUUUCCUGUGAGACCUCCAAUGCAAGUUUCAGCUCCUAGGGUUGAGCCGCCACGUGGCGGCUGGUUCCCAAUGGGGGAAGAGAUGGGUCCCAGACAAUUAAACCGGAUAGUACCACCUCCUAAAGAAUUUCCUUUACAUUCCGAGCCUUUACAUAUUGACAAAAAACACCCUCUUCGUGCACCACCCUUUGUUCAUAAGGUGGAAACUCCAAUACUGCCUGAUAGAGUUCUUGAAAGUCAGAGGCUUCCUAAAGAGGUGUUUCAAAGGGAUGAUCGGUUGAGGUUAAGCCAUUCAUCGUCUGUUUUCCCUCCAUUUUCAGGGGAGGAGAGUUCUUUGGGUCACUCAUUAUCAAGCAACAGAGAUAUGGAGAUUGAAGCUGGAAACAAUGAGAAUUUUGCUGAAUCCCCUGCUGAAUAUCUGCAUUUCAUUGCCUACAAAUGUGGAACUAAGGUGGAGUUCAGGCAGGCUCUGGUUCCUAGUGUUGAACUACAGUUCUCUUUCGAGGUAUGGUUUGCUGGAGAGAAAAUUGGUGAAGGAAGUGGGAGAACACGAAGGGAAGCUCAACAUCAGGCUGCCGAGGCAUCUCUUAUGAAUUUGGCUGGCAAUGUUUUUGCAGAUAAGUAUUUGUCUCGUGCCAAGUCUGGUGGUGGGCAUGGAGAGGAGGGAAGGUUUACAAAUGAUGGAAAUUCUUUCGGACAUCAGUCUUUGCCUUUGCUGAGGGAGGAGUCUAUGUCUAUGGCAUUUUCAACUGCAUCGGGACCCACAAGGUCUUUAGAUUCUAAGUUAGAGGGUCCAGGUCCCAAGAAAGGGUCAAUUGCAGCACUUAAUGAACUAUGUAUGAUGGAAGGUUUGGGCAUGAGUUUCCAACCUCAACCACAAGUUUCAAAUAACAUGGGCCAGAACAACGAGUUAUAUGCACAGGUUGAAAUAGAUGGGGAAGUGUGGGGUAAAGGAGUUGGUUUAACAUGGGAUGAAGCUAAGAUGCAGGCUGCUGAAACUGCUUUUGUAAAUUUGAAAGCAAGGAUCGGGCAAUACCCUCCUCAAAAACGCCAACCUUCUCCCAGAUCAUUUCAAGGAAUGGGAGCCAAACGAUUUAGACCAGAGUACCCAAGAGUUGUACAACGAAUGCCAUCAUCAGCAAGAUACCCGAAGAACGCAUCAUCGGUUCCUUGACAAGAAACAAAAUUACUGACAUAAACAUAACCUAACUAUGAAGAACAGAAAUGGACGGUUUGUUUGUUUGUCUGUGUGAACAAAGUAAAUACACAACACGAGAAUGAAAGAAACCAUGAAGAUGGAUUUGACAUUUGACAGACACCAAGAGCUUGUUGCCCUACCUACUACUACUACUACUACUACUUGUUUUGAUGAUGGUGUACAAAGAUGGAGAAAAGCAGAUUUUGAUUUUCAUUAUAUCUGAUGACUCAUGGUACAAAACCCAAACUGUUGAUGGUUUUUUUGCCCCAUUCUUUGUUUAUUGCCGCCGAGAUGGGGGUGCCGCCAAUAGCUCCGCCAGCUAGCAUUUUUGGGAAACAAUAUGGUUUUCUUGAUUUGGCGUGAUCAAUGAUUGGUGUUUGCAGGACCGUUGCUGCGCCAAAGACGAUUUUGCCCCUACUCCUUAACUCUUAAGAUGUGAUGAUGUCUGUAAUUUUGUAAUUUGUAGUUGUCCAAAGUCUAGGUUCUUUCAAUAUUUUAUUUAAUGCAUCACGGGCCACGAGUCCUUUUCAACAGCAA